CCACCGAGCGUCCAAAGCAACAGAAAUCCUCUCCUCCUUCCCGACCCGCCUCCCAUGGACGCGCCAGCUCCGCGCCUUUCCGACGUCCACGUCGUCCCCGACAUCCUCAGGGUCAUCUACGACCUCCUCCCAUGCCCCUUCGACUGCCUUCACAUGGGCCAGGUCUGCAACUACUGGCGCAUGGUCAUCAAGGCGGAGAACCAGCCGCCGCGGCCGCUUCCGUUGAUCUUCAUCCCGCAAGCCGGAGGUCCCUCCUUAUCCUGCGUCUCCAGAGGCUGCGCCACCCACCGGUUUCAGUUCCGGGUGGAGGAGGAGGACGCUCGCGCGGCGCGCUGCUUCGGCUCUGUCGAUGGCGGCUGGGUGUUCCUCACCAUCGGCAGGCACAGGCACAGGCUCGGCGGUAGUUUCAAGCUUCCCUCCCUCUUUGUACUGAACAAUGGAUUGCACAUCCCCUUGGUCAUCCUCGCGGCGACCCUGUCUUCAUCACAGGUGCAAGGGCAGAGCGUCAUCGGCGCCAUAGUUUCGUCUCGCCGGGGUGUUUCCGGCACUGACAGGCAGCUCGCGUUCUGGCGCUUGGGACAAUGUGAUACGAUUGAUAAGAUGAUGACCCCUGAAGGGCCAGGUUUAGAGGACCUCAUAUUCCACAAGGGUUCCUUCCAUGUCCUCGCCGAAGCAGAGUACAUGUUUGUGUAUACGCCCCGUUGCGAUGAAGGUGAAGACAUUGGAGAAAUUCAUGUGCAGAGGGAGUUUCGUCAUUUCAGCCACGAGGGUCGCCAUUACGGUGAGCGCGUCGUGGCACGCUACCUCGUGGAGUCCCGCGACGAGCUGCUCAUGGUCGUCAGGCUCACUCCUCGUCGUGGGCAGCCGACGUCGGCGUUCCGGGUGUUCCAGAUGGCAGAGUCGUCGUCUGAUAUGCCAGAUCACAUCUUUCACUACACUCCUAAGUACGCCUGGAACGAGCUGCCCAAUCUAGAUGGUCGGAUGCUGUUCGUCGGGCGAGGCUGCUCCAGGUCUCACCAGGUGGCUGAUCACGCCGGGUUCGAGGAAGGCGUCUACUUCCUGGAUGACGGGAGCUUCCGAGACUGGCACAAGGACGAGCUGCUGUUCCAGAACCCCGACCAGUUGCAGUUCAGCUGCACCGACAGCGGCAGAUGGUCGGGACCAACUCGCCAGAUCGAGAGCUUCUUCCCGGAGGAAGCCCCAUCGAACCACUCGCCUCCGGUUUGGAUCCUUCCCUGAGAUGCCCAAAGCGAUUUCUGAUGUCGACGUAUGCUUGCUGCCGAUCUGGCUGGAAAUGUGAUCCCGUUUGCAAUGUUUUGUCUUCUGUUGCUAAUUGUUCCUGAUGAUGCCAUAUCUUCUGUUGAACAGUUCAAUAGCAGAAUGGCUAGAAUAUGGUGUAAUUCGGUGGUGUCUCAUUGUCUCUUAGCUGGAUUAAGUCAGCUAAGAUCCAUGUGUUCACUGGAAGUUUGAUUUCGCUGUAUGUGUGUCGUAACAACUCUUAAAGUUCUUCUGUUUUUCCUGUAUGGUUUGAUGAAUUGCAUGCAAAAAUGGCUGUGUUCCUAUCCAGGAGUGAAUCACAUGCUUAUGUUGCAGGGAAAAAUUCA